UAGUAUUGCUUGAAGCCAAAGCUCAUUAGAUACGUUUUGAGCAAAACCGUUAAAUUUCUAUACAACAAAACUUUUGUAGGAUAUUGAGGAAGUUAAUAUUUGUUGAAACAUGAAUGUUGUAUCAAAUUCAAACAAUACUGGUAUGACAUCGACAGAAAAUGGACUUCCCGUAUAUUCCAUGUCAACAAACACAUUAAAGUCACAGGCUGUGGAUGUUCGUAGUCAUAGAGUGAAUUGGCAAUCCUACUUGCAAGGACAAAUGAUACAACAACAAGAUUUUGAAAUUAUUCAAGAAUUUGAUGCAAGUCGAUCAUUUGAAGCAAGAAAAUCUGUUCUUGAUAGAAGAGGAGAGGAGUGUGCUCGUACGUUUAUUGCGUUAAUGACACGAAUAUCAAAAGAACAAACUGUUCGUUACAUUCUCACUGCGGUUGAUGAUUUAUUAAUGGAAGAUCCAAAACGAACUGAACUCUUCAAUGAUUCAAACAACAAGAAACGUGCUUCGCCGUGGAUUGGCUUCAUGAACAUGUUGAAUAGAAAUGAUAGAUUCAUCGUUCACCAGGCAAGUCGUAUAAUUGCUAAACUAGCAUGCUGGGGCAAGGAAAGGAUGUCCACUCAAGAUCUCAACUAUUAUUUGAAUUGGAUUAAAACUCAGCUUGCAAAUGAGACUUCUCGUAUAUCAAGAGAUCCGUCUGCAUAUGUGUCUACAGAGAUGACGGAUUACAUACAGAGCAUUUUAUCUUCCUUACAAAUGAUGUUAAAAGUUCGGCAGUACAGACUUGCCUUUUUUGAAAUGGACGGCUUGUCCAGUUUGAUGGCUGUGCUGCAGACGAAAUGUGGUUUUCAGAUUCAAUACCAAACCACAGUUUGUAUCUGGUUACUUACAUUUUCACCUGAAUUAGUUGAUCAGAUGGUUGCAUUUAAUCCAGUUCCAUUGCUUGCUGAUAUUCUCGGUGAAGCUGCUAAAGAAAAAGUCACAAGGAUUGUUCUGGCAGCAUUUCGGAACUUGAUUGAAAAACCCAACGACCCAGAAACUGUAAAGCUUUUCUCACUUGCCAUGAUCCAUUGCAAGAUAUUGAAAAACUUGGAGAUACUAGAGGGUAAGCAAUUUACGGAUGAAGAUAUUCUUGCUGAUAUUGAGUAUUUGUCGAAUCAUCUUGGUGAAUGUCUGCUGGAUUUAAGUUCAUUCGACGAAUAUUCAUCUGAAGUGAAGUCACAGCGAUUGGAGUGGAGCCCGGUGCAUAAAUCAGAAAAAUUUUGGAGAGAAAAUUCAACCCGACUUAAUGAAAAGAAUUAUGAGUUGUUAAGAAUUUUGACAAAUUUGUUGGAAACUUGUCAGGAUCCGGAAAUCCUUGCAGUUGCCACUCAUGAUAUCGGGGAAUAUGUUCGACAUUAUCCAAGAGGAAAGAAAGUGAUAGAACAACUUGGUAUAAAACAAUUAGUGAUGCAGUUAUUAAGUCAUGAGAAUACACAAGUGAAAUAUAAUGCAUUGAUUGCUGUGCAGAAGUUGAUGGUUCACAACUGGGAAUUUCUUGGAAAACAAGUGACCAAUGAAUGAUCCAUCACUGAUAUAAUGUUUGUUUCAACAUUGAAGUGUGUGUGCAAUAAUAUGUAUCAUGUCAAUAGAAUUUAUCUUGUACCACAUAUGUUUACUACAUGUUGUGCGCUUCGUGUGGUUAUCACGUAACCGCAUGUUAAUCUUGAUUUCAAAUCAGCGAACGUAAUUAUUAAACAAAAUACAUUCGCCAGCAAGGUGGCGCUAGAGACUAGCUGGCCUAAC